AUGCUCUCACUUAGAUCCAGCUUCAGACGCUUAUUUUCUGUUUCCUGCAGGGUUUAUGACCAGCAGGCGCAGAAGGCCGUGUCUUCCUGCCCGGCUGGCACACCGCUGAAUCUGCUUAUAAAGAAGGGCGGGAAGGAGCCGUUGGCUCUCGAGGAUUCCGACUACCCCGAGUGGUUAUGGAAGGUGCUUGACCCUGAGGCGCAAGCCGCAAAGCUGGCAGAGGACCCCAUUAAAGCGCGGAAGAAGGCUCUGCGGCGGAUGAACAGAGAACACAUCAAGCAGCAGAACUUCCUGGCGAAGAUGUGA